CGGGGAGAGAGAUAGAGAGAGCGCCAUGAGCUGAAGCUUUUCAGUUUUCAGAUUCGUCAUCAACCGAUGAAGCCAACGAAUAUCUGCCCUGCUUCUUCCAUCUUCCUCCUUCUUGGUGCUCCAGCUGCGAUCUCCAGCGAGUCCACAUCCCAUUCCAUCCUCCAUCUCCCUUUCUCGUCUCACCGUCGUCGGAGGUUUUCCUCGACCCCUAACCCUAAUUUAGACGACCCCAACCAGGUCUUGUGUUGCGUGAGGACAAAUCGCAGAGCUGGUGGUGGUGGUGGUGUGUUUACGAGUGUCGGUGAUGCCCUGUGUUGCUUCGGUAAAAUGAUAAAGGCGAGCCCUUUGCCUUCCCCCUGGGAUUUCAGUCUACUGUUGGGCGCUAUAGUGAGGAUGAAGCACUACUCGACUGCCAUCCGAUUGAUUGAGCAGCUGCCUUCUUUGGGGAUCGAGGGUGAUGUUGCCUUGCUCAAUAUUUGGAUAAAUUGCUUCUGCCGGUUAAAGCGGGUCGAUAUGGGCUUGUCUAUUCUGGGCAGAAUCUUCAAGCUUGGGUUUCACAUCGAUGUGGUGACGUGGAACACCCUGAUUGAUGGUCUCUUUAUUCAGGGCAAAACUGAUCAAGCACUGAGGUUCCUCGAUGAUAUGGGACGAAAUGGCCCCGAACCUAGUGAGACCACGUAUGCGAUAAUCACCAAGGGGUUAUGCAGGGCGGGUAACACCAGAUUGGCCAUCGAAUUGCUGAGGAACUGGGAAGAGAGAAGCUGCAGCAUCAAUUCCUUCACAUACAACAUAGUAAUAAAUGGUCUUUGCAAGGAGGGAUUGAUCACAGAGGCCUUGAGACUCCACAAAAGCAUGAGCGAGAAAGGUAUCAAACCAGAUGUUGUUACUUAUAACUCCUUGAUCCACGGUCUGUGCAAUGUAGGCCAGAUGGAAGAUGCUCUCAUAUUGUUGAAAGAGAUGACAAGCGGAGGCUUCCAACCCAACAUAUUCACUUAUACCUCCUUGGUUCAUUACUUGUGCAAGCUAGGCCAAUGGAAAGAUGCUACGGUCUUGUUGGAGAAGAUGAUGGAGGCAGGAAUUGAACCAGAUGUCGUUACUUAUAACUCUGUCAUUCAAGGAGUGUGCAAUUCCGGCCAAUUGAAAGAGGCCCAAAGACUGCUGAGUCAUAUGGUGCAAAGCAGAGUCAUGCCGGAUGUUCAAACCUUCAAUAUUCUGGUGGAUGCACAUUGUAAAGAGGGAAUGCUUGUAGAAGCAGAGGCCAUAAUCAACCAGAUGAUUCAAUUAGGUAAAAUGCCUGAUAGUUUCACUUAUAGUACAUUGAUGAAUGGUUAUUGUUUGCAAAAUAGGAUGGAUGAUGCUAUGGCGGUUCUUAAUUUGAUGGUUGAAAGAGGCUGCUUACCUAAUGUCGUUUCUUAUAACACAUUGAUUAACGGAUACUGCAAAGCGAAAAGAAUUGACAAAUCAAAAAUACUGUUCCAAGAAAUGCUUGAAAGGGGCUUGAAUCCUGAUGUCAUCACAUACAACACUCUCAUAAGUGGAUAUUGCCAGGUUGGGAACCUUGAAGCCGCGGGGGAGCUAAUUAACGAGAUGCAAUCUCGUGAUCUGUAUCUAAAUCAUUAUACCUUGAAUUCUUUCCUGGAUGGCUUGUGUAAAACGCGACAGAUUGACAAGGCCAUGACAUUGCUUCGGAAGAUAAUAAAUGGCAUGUGUAAUGCUGGAAAACUCGAUGGUGCAAAGGGGCUGUUUGAUAGUUUGCAUGCUCAAGGCUUGCAACCUAACGUGUGGACAUAUAACAUUCUCAUGCAUGAGUUGUGCAAAGGAGGACGUACGGAGGAAGCAUAUCUGCUUCUAAAGGAGAUGGAAGAAAAUGGAUGCUUUCCAGAUGGUGUCACUUACAACACAAUGAUCCAAGGACUACUAAGAAAUAACGAAAAUACUAGAGCAGCACAACUUGUCAAUGAAAUGGUUGAAAGGGGUUAUUCUGCAGAUGUAGCGACAAUGGAGUUGUGGAUCAAAUAUCUCAUGAUAAAUGGAACUUCUUCCUAUACUAGGAGAACUAUCCAUUGUCUCUGAGUUCUGUCCUAGUUUUCAUCUGAAAUGUGAUGAAGAGUAAAUCAGAUUAAUGCCAAGUUUUCUUCCAAACAUCUUCUCAUUGUGUCCCAUGUCCCAUUGAUGAAGUUUUUUCAAAUCUGAGAGACAAUUCACUGAAUCAAACUGCCCAAGAUGGCAAAUAUUUGGAGGGGUAUAAGGUGGAUUUUUAUCCUCAUAUAUCUAGGUUCGGUACGAAAUCUCUGUAUUGAACUAUUAUGUGUACUCAUCUGUUAGUGCUUUUGGUGCCUAAUGUUUUUCAAACAGGGGAAAUUCAUACAAAUGAUCAAGCAGUCUGAGGAUGAUAUUGUAUUAAAUAGAUGUUAAUAGCGAUAACUUUACUAUGUAAUGAAGUAUAUUAUGCCAUAAAUCCUGAUUAGCCUA